AGGCAUAACGAAGCUAUCGAAGUUUCAUCCGUCAGAAAAUUUUUAUUUCGCACCGCUAUGACUUCAUUAUCUCCUACCAAUAAGAAGUACACGAUUUGUUCGCCAGAGCGCUUCGUUCACUUUCAUCCGGUCGCAGACGGUUGCCUCCUUUCGCCUGUUAAUCAUUUGCCGCUUCAACAAUCACUAACAAUCACUCCUCGAUUUCUAAUUGCACCGUGUAACCAUCUUAUUCAUGAUCAGUCAUGUUCAACAUUCCUCGCGGAACAAUCAAGUAACCGGGCAUUGCGAGACGAUAACCUACCUUCGCGUUAUGAUCCAUUAAUUCCGAAGUUCAAAUUAGGGACGUUGAUAAUUGAACAAGGAGGCUCAACGAGCUCGGAAAAACGGCGAUGCCGUGGAUCAUUUAAUUGACUGUUCCGACUUCGUUUCUCUCAGUGAACGACUGACAUAAACAGGAACCGAACCUUCCCGGAGGAUUUUGCAAGCGAUUUUUUCGAGAUGAAUAUCGUGUGAAAGUAACCAGGCAAGAUGGCUGAUUGAUAUCCACAAGGCCAUUCACGAGGUGCACGACAGAGAGGUUGAACGCGUGUUAGCCUGGAGGAACGUAUGGAACCACAUUCGACGAAAAUUUCGUUACGGGAGACACGUAAAAAUAGAUCCUGAAAAAUCGAACGGACAGAAACCGGUUACUCCGAAGUGAAUUAAGAAGGAAAACGAUCGAAUCUCCUGAGCAAGAGAUGCAAGUUUCUUUUACAUCUAGGCCAAGAGUCACUAUAACCGCAGAAGAUCACAAUCUGGAUAGAAAGCCAGACCGUAAACAUUAUAUCGCAGCCCAUUUUAUUUAGUAAAUAGAUUAAUCGACCCUGUGUCCAGAUGCUGGCAACGAAAGCGACUGAUAUUUGUGUGGUGUACACAUGAUAAGACGGUUCCAUAUACGUUUAUAUUGGCCGUAAUACGAUUCUGAGUUCAGUCGAAUGCUAAACCUUUCACGAGAACUUCCUGAAGCGUUGGUGGACAAAGUGUACACGUGUAAACAAGAAUAAAUAUUAGUGAAAAUUUCAUUGAAAAGAAAACAUUCCAAUACUGUGCAAUUAAAAUGACAUUUGUGUUUCACGGAACAGUUAUAUUUCUAUUAUUAUUAUAACACAGAAUACGUUCGAACGUUUGGAAUUGCUUACCAAAUCAAUCUUCGGAAUUAUCUCACGAAAUUCGUGCAACAAUAACCGUUCACAUCAGCACAAAAACCAAACAAGAAAUAAAUACGACGAAGAUUUGAACUCGCCAGAAAAUUUUAUAGAAAAUAAAUCCAACUCAUGGUCAAUAUGCGAAUGACCACCGUUUACUGUACCAACGUUAGUGAGUGAUCUAGUUUCGUGAACAUCAAGAUAAACCAAUUCACAUGUUUGUGCAACAAAGUUACUUCUACCUUAACUAUUAAUUCGUUUCAUUCUAUCAACCUUUCCCGUCACCCAGUAGAUUAAAAAAUAUACAACUAUAAAUUGAAUUUGGACGAUCAUUAAAAUUCAAUAAAGCCCUUAUUCAAUUUAAAUCUAACCUCAAGCAAUCUUUUCAUUAGUCUCAGUCCCCGACCUUCCACUUAUUAUUAACAAUGGCGAGCGUGGACAGAAACCUCGAAGAGCUGAUGUCCCACCUAGGCGACUUCGGCAAGUACCAAUGCUGGCAAUUCUCCUUGCACGUGAUCGGUGCCCUUACAGCUGGUCUUCACAUGCUAACACUACUAACAGUAGCAGCCGUACCUCCUUACAAAUGCAACGUCCCAGAACCCUUUAAUCAUUUAAACGUUUCAUCCGCCUGGAACUCAUCAUUGCUAAUCGAUGGCCUGCCUCGAGCCGUGGACGCUUGCCACUACCUUGACGUCAACAAUACCAUACAAAAAUGCGACUCCUGGACCUACGACACUCAGUACUUCCAAUCGUCCCGCGGAAUGGAAUGGAACUUUGUUUGCUCCCAGCGCUGGAUGGGCUCAUUAGCUCAAUCAAUGUACAUGUUCGGUGUUUUUAUCGGUGCGGUCACGCUGGGUAGCAUGGCAGACAAAUACGGCCGCAAGAUUAUUUUCUACGUGUCCUCGGUAGCUCAACUGAUCCUCGGAGUGACUGUAGCUUUAGUGAACCAAUAUUACGUUUUCUUGUGUCUGAGAUUCCUCUAUGGAAUCUUUGGAUCAGCUGGCGCCUACAUCACAGGAUUCGUCUUAACCAUGGAGCUGGUUGGUCCCUCCAAGAGGACAGUCUGCGGAGUGAUGUUCCAGUUAGCCUUUGCAGUCGGAUUCAUGCUGGUAGCUAUCUGGGGAGCUGUGAUCAAGGACAGAAUGUGGCUGCAGAUCACCUAUGGGUUACACAGUAGCCUACUAAUCGGCCACUGGUGGCUUAUGGAUGAGUCGCCUAGGUGGCUUUGGGCCCAAGGCAGAGUCAGCGAAGCUCUGGUGAUAGUUCGUAAAGGUUUAAAGAUGAACGGUAACAAUGUAGAUAUCGACGCAGCUAAGCUAAUCAGCGAAGCCAAGGUCCAGCAUGUCAGGCAAGAAGACAGGUCCUAUGGAGCUCUGGACCUCUUCAAAACUCCUAACUUAAGAAAGAAGAUGUUGAACGUCUGUUUGAAUUGGUUUGCUAACUCACUUGUCUAUUAUGGGCUAUCGUUAAAUGCUGGCAAUUUGGUUGGCAAUCCUUUCCUAAUGUUAUUCCUGAGUGGGCUCGUCGAACUGCCAUCUUAUAUUCUAAUGUGCUGCUUGAUGGACAGGACUGGAAGGCGGUGUGUGGUCAGCACUUUCAUGCUGAUAGGCGGAGUCUGUUGCAUCAUAGCUUCCAGUGUGCCCACGGGGAGUAGCGUGGCUGCUUCCGCGGUUGUAGCCAUUGUUUUGUUUGGAAAGGCCUGUAUAGCUGGUUCCUUCGCUGUCAUUUAUAAUUACACCGCUGAGCUGUUCCCUACCGUGGUCAGGAACACUGCUUUGGGUAUCGGAUCCAUGUGUGCUAGGCUCAGCGGAGCUUUGACCCCGAUGAUCAUGCUGUUGGACUCGUUCAACCCCAAAGUUCCGGCAGUUUUGUUCGGAUUCGUGGCUCUUGUGUCUGGGUUCUUAGCACUCUAUCUGCCGGAGACUGUCAACCAGCCGAUGCCCGAAAGCAUCGAAGACGGAGAGAAUUUUGGACUCGGAGAUACCUGUUUCACGACUUGCCUGGGAUCAAAGAGGAAGACCAGUGCCAGUUAUGAGGUAACGAUGAAUCAGCUGGGAGAGAGAGACGAAAAGGAGAAACUAAACCAGGUUGAGGCUACGAAGUGAAUUCACAAGGAGUACUACACAUUUCGUGACGCAGUGAAUUGUGAAAGUGACGAUGAACCCUGAGAGACACCGUGAUGGUUCUAAUUGAAUAGCAUUGUCGAUGUAUGGCUGUGGGUAUAUUGAAAUACUGUUUCGAUUUUGUUGUGUAAUUUAUAGCGUUUAAAUUAAUUUUGUGAAUUAAUCGAAUCGAAUUAUUAAAUUAUUAGUUUGCCAGUCGAUAAUGAAUGAACGAAAUAUUGAUGGUACUGUGUUGUAAUUAAUGAUACGUGCAUGAAUACGUUUGGUUCAAUCGAUAUGUUGUAAAUUAUGAAUCUGUCUGUCAAAUAUUACUGACAGAAAUUUACCUUUUAAUUAAUAGAAGUUAGCAAAUUAUAAAUACAUAAAGUAAUGUGUUUAAGGUGACUAUAGUAUUUAAUGCUUAAAAAUUAAUUUUAUUGAAUAAAGCGAAUUGUAAAAAUUCCAUUUAUUAAUCUUGAUAGAUAUAAAUGGAAGAACUUGAAAAUUGAAUAUACAAUUCAAUAUACAAUUCAAGUAUUUAAAUAAUUAUUUUUUAUUUACUAAUCAUUGCACAGAUUAAAUAAAUUUCAAAAACUGAUAAAUGUAUAAAAUAAUAACAGUUUUAUAAUCUCAUUCUAUACGAACUUAUUCAGAAAUAAUUACUGUAUACAUAAAUUGAAAUUAUUGAAGUAUGUCAUCAUUAUUAUUAAAAAAGUUUAGUUUUAUUGAUUUUUAAAAGAUUAAAUUUCUGGUUUCACGAAAUACAUUACUUCUGUAAUACAAAAUAUGAAUGCAACAAUACUGAAACCAGAUGAAAAAUAUCAAAACUUUUAGUCACUGAAUUGUAAUAUUUUAAAAUGAUAAAUGGAUGCCUAAGAGCAUUCAAUUUUGCAUAACAUUAACGAUUAUAAUCCUUCAAUGGUUGUCACCAAACAUAGCAACAUAAUUCAUUUGAAAUCAUUGUAUCCGAUAGCAAGCUACAUUUGUUGCAGCAUUAUUUUGUAACAUUAGUACGUAAGUAUAAUAGUAUACCAUUACGAAAGCGUACUUGUAGUACGAGUGUCGACUGCGAUCGUAACAUGACUAUUGAGACACAAGUAGUAUUGUUUACGGAUAAUUUAUGCAUGACUGUAACCGCGCAUGCUAAAUUGGUAAACGCUAUCGAUACGUUAGGUGAAUGUAAAACAUGGUUUAGAAAAUGAGAAUUUACGAGAUAUGAUAAAUGAAAAUAUAUUUGUAAUAAAAUAUAUUUUUGUACUAUUCUAUAACAUGGUAAAUUAAAUUAAAUAUGUCGUAAUUUAACUUAGUUUUAUAAUAAUAGAUAAACUCAAUUUAUUGGCACGAUACGAAAGUUUACAUACACUGUUCACUGUUAACAUUUUUCAAUUGCAUAUACCUACUAUUUUCAUUAUUAAGUAGCUAUUUUGUAAUAUAUUAAGAGAUAAUCAAACAAUAUUUAUAUUGACAACUCUGCAGUAAUCAAAUACUUUUAAAAUAUACUGCAUACGUAUUAUCUGUACAGUCAAACGUCCUUCAGAUUUAAUUUUAUUGCUGAAACUUAUUUAACACAUACAUAAACAUAUUAAAAUUGUCAAUUCAAGUUUUCUAAUACGCAUUUUGCCAGAAGCGUCUCAACAUGCCGAUGACUCAUCACUUAACAUGUGUGUGUACAUAAUUAGGAAACUAUGCAUACAACUGUUUAAAUAAAGAGCGCACAAUUAAGCAGACGGUAUAUAUACAUAAUUUUUAUCAAUAUUAUUGAACGUAGGAAGACUUUUAUUUUAUAAUCAAUGAUAUAAUUGAUUUAAGAUGAAUAAAGGGUAUGUUAACAUAGACUAAACAUUAAUCUCAUAAUAUUUCAGUUGAGUAAUAUUAUUUUAUGUUGUGAAAAUGUUUUGGUUGUUGAAUAUACAAUAUAAACGAUAUAUAGUGA